CCCAAGAUUCAAUAACCCUGCUACUACUACUAGUACGAGCAAUCACACAAGAAAGAAAAAUGGCACAGUAUGGUCUCUACCGCCAUAUGUUCCUUGUCUUCUCUAUGAUAUCUCCGUUGGUCCUAUCUUUCACCGUGAUCACCUCUGACUCGACGGCGCCGUCGGCUCUGAUUGACGGCCCACAAACUGGAUUCACGAUGACCAACGACGGCGCGCACACGGAGCCCGACGAGCAAGAUGCCGUUUACGACAUAAUGCGCGCGACCGGCAACGACUGGGCUGCCGCGAUCCCGGACGUGUGUCGAGGGAGGUGGCACGGGAUCGAGUGUAUGCCGGACCAGGAUAACGUCUACCACGUCGUCUCUCUGUCGUUCGGAGCGCUCUCAGACGACACGGCGUUCCCGACUUGUGACCCAGAACGCUCUUACGUCUCCGAGUCCCUCACGAGGCUUAAACACCUCAAAGCCCUGUUUUUCUACCGCUGUUUAGGCCGGGCCCCACAGCGGAUACCGCCGUUUCUGGGCCGCUUGGGUUCGAGUUUGCAAACGCUCGUUUUGAGGGAGAAUGGCCUUUUCGGUCCCAUCCCGGACGAGUUGGGCAAUCUCACCAAUUUGAGAGUUCUUGAUUUGCAUCACAACAACCUCAACGGCUCCAUCCCCUUGUCCUUUAACCGCUUCUCCGGUUUAAGAUCGCUUGAUUUGAGUGCGAACCGGUUGUCUGGUUCUGUUCCCGGUUUUUUUCUUCCGGAUCUCAACGUCCUCGACUUGAACCAUAAUCUUUUAACCGGACCGGUCCCAUCCACGCUCUCGGCCUGUGCUUCGUUGAUAAAAGUCGAUCUUAGCCGUAACCGAGUCACUGGUACCAUCCCGGACUCGAUUAACCGGCUCAACCAACUAGUGCUUCUGGAUUUGAGCUAUAACCGGUUAUCAGGUCCAUUCCCUUCUUCUCUCCAAGGCCUACACUCUCUUCAAGCUUUGGUGCUCAAAGGCAACACAGAAUUCUCAGUGGCGAUUCCGGAAAACUCGCUCAAAGGGCUCAACAACUUGAUGGUUCUAGUUCUCUCAAAUAUGAAUCUCCAGGGCUCCAUACCGGGAUCCUUGACCCGUUUAACCAGUCUCCGGGUCCUUCAUCUGGAGGGCAACAACUUGACCGGACCGAUUCCUAUUGAGUUUCGGGGUGUAAAGUAUCUAAGCGAGCUGAGGCUAAACGAUAAUCGUCUGACAGGGCCAGUGCCGUUCGAGAGAGACACAGUGUGGAGGAUGAGGAGAAAGCUGAGGCUGUAUAACAAUGCUGGUUUGUGCGUGAACCGGGGCAAUGACUUGGAUGAUGUCUUCGGUUCGUCAUCCGGUUCAAGUGUCAGGUUGUGUGAAGGGGAAACGCAGAGACCUGGUCCUUCUGGUACGGUCCAGCAUCUAUCUAAAGGAGAUGGUGUCACGGACGAAACUACGGACGUGUCAAGCGGUUCCAAGUCUUUGGGCUUCUUUCGUCUAUCUGCAUUCCUUCUUGUGCUCAGUUUCGGCUACAUGCUAAAUUCUUGUUAAGGCAGGGUUUAGCAAACAAAACUGCUGUCCUUGUCUGUAAAUAAAUCCAAAGUUUAUUAUUACUA